AUCUUCGUCGUCUACUCUUCGUGGACUCAUUCCUGCGCUGUUCGUCUCUCUCCUCUCACUUUCUUUCUCUAAAAAGAGAAUCAGCUCUCUUGUACAGAAGGAUUUGGAAAUGGCUAGGGUUUUGUGAUUUUUUGAAGCUCGUAGACCAAUUCCUUUGGAAUUCUUUUUUUGCUUCGGCGAUAAUCGGUUAUGGGGAUUUGAAUCAAUUCCGCCGCGAUUUCCUGUUCGACUUUGUUGUGUUGCUCCGGAGAAUUCGUUCUUCAACUCGGUGUAUGUUGUCCGUGUUCUUGGUCUAGUGGAUAGGAGUCAGUAGAUAAAUCUUUGGAAGUCGAGUUGUGCAUGUGCCAGUAUUGUGGGGGGUGAACUCGAUAGAUCAGAAAUUCAGUGGAUGAUAGAGCAGAGAACAGAAAUCAUGUGAAUCGGAGGGCGGGCACUUCACAGAUUUGCUUAGAUUUUUCCGUCAGAUGCGGGAUAGUGGAUUGUUAAAACAUAAGGGUGAGUUUUCGGUGGAUGGAAACCCGUAUGAUAGGGGAAAGGAAGAGGAAUGCUCAAGUUAUAGUAGUCAAGAUGAUAUGGACUCUAUGACAGGGAUGCAGCAACAGGACUUAAAGGUAAAGGGUUCUGAAUCAAGAAAACAUUCAUCCAAUACCAUGACAGAAUUCAGCGAUAGAAGCGUUCAUGGGGAUGUUAUGAGGGAUGUGGAGAUAUCCCAGGUUGGUCAUCAAGAGUUGAAAGAAAACAAUGCUCAAAAUGCAAUAAAAUCAACUGAUCAAGAACUUGAAUUUGACAAUCCCCGAAUAGAGGCUUCCAUUUUGGAACCUCCAGAACCAGAAAACCAAGAAGAUGAAUCAGAAGGGGAUGACACUGAUAUUGAUGAUGACGACGACGAAUGCUGUGAUGGUACUAACUGGAGCAAAUCAAGUUUCGGGGGGGAUUUUAUAGAUGAAAAUAGUAAAAUCUUAGAUUUGAAAGAAGAAAAACGACGAGCAGUACAACAGGAUAUAAAUAGAAAGUUCAGGGUCUUUGUGAGUCAAUUUCUCAAGUCUGUGGGUGUUUCCUCAUCAGCAGAAGAUGGUGAAAAUUGGGUUGACAUUGUUACUGGGUUAUCCUGGGAGGCUGCUUCACUGUUGAAGCCAGUUGUUAUUGAUGGAAAACCGGUUGAUCCAAAUGCGUAUAUCAAAGUGAAAUGCAUUGCAACCGGUUCUCCCUGUGAUAGUCAAGUUUUUAGAGGUCUGGUUUUCAAAAAACAUGCUGCUCAUAAACACAUGCCAACCAAGUAUGAACGUCCCCGAAUUUUGCUCGUGGAAGGAGUAGUCGGCCAGUCCACAAGCGGAUUAUCUUCUUUCAAAUCAAUGAUACAGGAGAAAGAUUAUGUCAAGCCUGUUAUUGAUAUGAUAGAAGGUUGCCACCCUAAUGUAAUUCUGGUGGAAAAAUCUGUCUCUCGUGAUGUCCAAGAGUCUAUUCUUGGCAAAGGGGUCACACUGGUGUUCGACAUGAAAUACCACCGUCUAGAAAGAAUCGCUCGUUGCAUUGGUUCACAGAUUGUUUCAUUUGAUACUCUUUCUAGUCAGAAGCUUAAGCACUGUGACUCUUUUCGUAUUGAGAAGAUCGUCGAGGAACAUAACAUUGCUGGUGAAGGUGGAAAGAAACCAAGUAAAACAUUGAUGUUUCUUGAGGGCUGCCCUACUCGUCUUGGUUGUACGAUUUUGCUUAAAGGAAGCCACAGUGAUGAAUUGAAAAGGGUUAAAGAAGUGGUUCAAUAUGCAGUUGUCCUGGCAUAUCAUUUAACCCUGGAGAUGUCUUUCCUUGUUGACCAGCAAACAAUGUUCUCAACUGGCCUUGUUGCAGGACUGACAGAAGCAGCUCCAGAAAAGUUCUCUACGGCAGAAAUGGAUAAACUAUCAGGAUCAUGUCUUGAUGACUGCACUGCUGAAUCUGCCUUAAAUGAAAUUAGUAUUCCUAUUUCAAAUGCAAAUGGAAAGACAAAUAGCGACAAAGGUAAAACCUUGGAUUCAGAUGGAGAAUCUGUUUUUUCUUAUGAGCCCUAUAAUCCUGCUUUUCUUGUCGGGGUUUCAUCUCUGUCUGCCUCAAUAAAGAAGAUAUUAGAGGAACGUCUUCCUUCUCGAUCUUUGUCUAGGUAUUUUGGUUUGGUUGAGAAUGCAGAAGUAGUUCCGGUCCUGGUGGAUGUUGUCUCAGAUAAUUGUGAAUUCGAAACUAUAAGGGAUCCUGCUGAGGAUGAAAAAAGCUCUUUAGUAGGUCUGAUUUCCUUUGGCACCAUCGUCACAAAGAUGGAUGACAGAAAUGGAACGCAGAUUGAGAAGAAUAUUGAGCCUGCCUUAGAUUCUCAGAGUAUCUUGGUCUUAUUGUCAAGGAGGAAUGCCCUUAGAGGGAUAAUCUGCGAGCAGAGCCACUUUUCUCACAUAAUGUUUUACAAGAACUUUGAUGUUCCUUUGGGAAAGUUCUUGCAAGACAUGUUUGAUCAGGAAAGCCGAUGCAGUACAUGUGAGGAAUUACCAGAAGCACAUGUUUAUUACUAUGCACAUCACAGCAAGCAACUAACGAUUCAAGUACGGCGUCUUCCCACCGAAAGAUGUUUGCCUGGUGAGGCGAAAGGACAACUUUGGAUGUGGAGUCGUUGUGGUAAGUGUAAAACGAAGAAUGGGACCCCAAAAUCUACAAAAAGAGUGAUGAUAUCCACUGCUGCACGUAGCCUGUCAUUUGGGAAGUUCUUGGAGCUCAGCUUUUCUCGACAAAGUUUGCUGAGUAGAACGUCUGGUUGUGGUCACUCUUUUGACAGGGACUUCCUUCACUUCUUUGGGUUGGGCUCCACGGCUGCGGUGUUCAGGUACUCCCAAGUCACAACUUAUACAGUUUCUCUGCCGCCACUGAAGCUGGAGCUUGGUAAAUCAGUAAAGAUGGAGUGGCUCGAGAAAGAGUUUCAGAAUGUAUUCUCUAAAGGGCUAUCACUGCUCGAGGAGGUAGCUAGUUCUCUGAAGAAAUUAAGAUCUCAUAGCUCCAGUCCGAACAAUCAGAGUUUGUCUGACGUCGAGGAGAUAUUGAAGGAAGAGCGUUCCAAAUAUGAGGAAAAUAUUAAAAUUGCCUUCGACAAGACUAAAAGCUCAGGAGAUGUUUCCCUCAAACUGCUUGGCCUGAACCGCAUUCUGUGGGAACUUCUGCUUCAGGCUUUGGUUUGGAACUGUCGGUUGCGUUCAAUGGUUUUACCUAACUGGAAGCUACCUUCAACCGCCGAGAGUGAGAGAACUGAACAAGGAUUGAGGGUAAAGGUGGAUGGUUCAGUUGUUGCAAGGGCCAGAUCUGAAACCAAUGGUUCUGAUACAUUCCGUGAACUUGAGGCGGGCAAAGAAAUUCCAAUUUAUGGCACUUCCAUCCAAGAUGACAAUCAGAUAAAUACAUUCUGUGAUUCCAAGGUUCACACAGGCGAUAACGGUAGCUUGGAGAACCAUCAAGAAUCAGACAGAACGGUUCCAAUUACAAGAGAAUCUUGGGAUAACCAGGCUGCUGUCUCUGAUGAAUGGUUUUGGCUGCCAUUUGAAGAUCUCCGACCAAGAGGAAUCAAAGACCUUGAGGAGGUCUACUUAUUGAAAAAUGAGACCUUUACCAGCUCUGCGCAAGAAAUUUUACCAACAAUGCAUCAAAUAAUCGGUGAGGAAGGUUCUCGGCUGCACAUCUCUCUGGGUGAUGAUUAUAGUAUCGUGUCCGACUACGAGGACGAGCUCUCGAGCCUGAUUGCUUGUGCUCUGGCCCAUCUAAUCAAUUGUCCUAGCUCGGGAGAUAGCAGCGAUGAGGAGAGCAGAUUGCCUCUCAUGAGAUCUAAACACGGAUCUCUCGAGGGUUUUUUUGAUAAAGAUCUGGUCGAUUCUCAGCACGCCAUGGACUCACGUUUUCUAAGCUUUGAUGGGUUGACUCGGCCGGAGCCCUUAGACCAUCAGAAGGGUCUGAGACGAAAAGUCUCGUUCGGAUCCGUCAAGUCUUUUGAAAAGUGUAAAUACGCGGUCGUGUGUUUAUAUGCGGACAAGUUCCGUGAGCUGAGGGAGCUUUGCUGUCCAUCGGAAUCGAAUUACAUAGCGUCGCUUAGCCGUUGUAAGCCGUGGGAUGCAAAGGGGGGGAAGAGCAAGUCCGUAUUUGCUAAAACGCUGGACGACAGGUUCAUCAUCAAGGAGAUCAAGAGAACGGAAUACGAGUCCUUUGUGAAAUUUGCUGAUAGCUACUUUAAAUACAUGAAGGACUCCUACGAGUCAGGCAACCAGACAUGUCUUGCAAAAGUGCUUGGUAUCUAUCAGGUGACUAUAAGGCAGCCGAAGAACGGGAAAGACACAAGACACGACUUGAUGGUGAUGGAGAAUCUAAACUUUGGUAGGAAAAUAACAAGGCAGUACGAUCUGAAAGGAGCUCUACACGCAAGGCUGACGACUGGUGCGGAUGAUGUGCUGUUAGAUCAGAACUUUGUGAACGACAUGAACAGUUCCCCGAUAUACAUCAGCAACAGCUCGAAACGCAUCCUCCAAAGGGCGGUUUGGAACGACACCAGCUUCCUGAACAGUAUAAACGUGAUGGACUACUCGUUGCUGGUGGGGGUGGAGGAGGGAGGGGAGAUGGUGUGUGGGAUAAUAGAUUACGUGAGGCAGUACACGUGGGACAAGCAGCUGGAGACGUGGGUGAAAUCGUCGCUGGUGGUGCCCAAGAACUUGUUGCCCACUGUUAUCAGCCCCAAGGAGUACAAGAAGCGCUUCAGGAAGUUCAUGUCCACCCACUUCUUGUGCGUCCCCGACCAUUGGUGCCUCGUCAACAACAGUGACAGAGGACGAGCCUCAGACCGCGCGGCUUGUGAACUAUGCACCGCCACCGAGGAGUAGUAGUGAUGGUGUAUAUGCACCACAAAGGAAGGAAGACAGAGAGUUCUUUCGUAAGUCUUUUUCCUCGAAUAUUCUUUCUUUUUUUUACUAUGAUUCAAUACACAUUGUGAAUAGGGGGGGAUAUAUGUGAAUCAUUAGUACUCUUACCUCCCCCGUAAUUCUGCAUUUUUUUUAGCCAAGUCCUGGGGAGGCGUACAUAGUGUUUGUCGUUCUCUUGUUCUUUCAGUCUUUUCUUGUAAGAAAAUGUAAAGAGUUGACGAGAUAUAAGAAAGAAGUCUCACGUUAGCAUA